UGCAGGUCCUUGACGACCCUGAGUGGCUCUAGAGUCGUCGCAUCUUGAUAACGUCGAGAGACACAAUAAGACAGGCGACAGCAUAUAGUCCAAAUCAAUCACUGGGCUGCUCUACCUGGCGUCUCCAAAUCUUCCACGGUGACGACCAACCCGCCAGCCCAGCGAACGGACGAAACGGUGCCAGCAGGUGGCGCAGGCACGCUAGUGAGUAUCAGAAUCCGUGCUUUGCUAUAAUACGAAUAGUCCACCCUGAGAGAAUGGUCUUUAGCGCUGGCCAGAGGUCGAGUACAUAAUAGAACGCCGUUCCCCCUUGUUACAGCAUUCCUCAUAUCACAUAUCGAUUCUGUUUGUCUGUGCAUAAUUUCAUCCCACAUUCCUCUCACCUGCAAACAAUCACAUUCACACCUCACACCUCAAAAGAUCAAAGACCGGGCCGAACUCCUUCUCACCCUCCCAUCGAGAGACGUACUUCGACACCACCGACAACAUGUACUUCGCCAGAAACUCCGCCCUCGCUGGCCUGGCUGUCAUUCCCCUUGCCUUCGCCCAGACCUACACCAGCUGCAACCCUAUGGAGAAGUCAUGCCCUAACGAUGUUGGACUCAACUCAGCUAGCUUUGCCUGCGACUUCACCGAGGGCAAGUCAGCGCUUGCUAGCUGGAGCACUGCCACCGGAACCACACUGUCCUACGAUGGCACCAAGGGUGCCCAGUUUGUCAUCAACGGCAAGAACCAGGCACCCACCAUCUCAUCCAACUUCUACAUCUUCUUUGGUCGUGUAGAUGUUACCAUGCAGGCAGCUCCUGGUACUGGUAUUGUCAGCAGUAUGGUUCUCCAGUCCGAGGACCUGGACGAGAUUGACUGGGAAUGGCUCGGCGGUGAUACUACCCAGGCUCAAACCAACUACUUCGGCAAGGGCAACACUACCUCUUACGACCGCGGCACUUACCAGAGUGUGUCGUCGCCUCAAACAGUCAUGCACACCUACAGCUUCGACUGGACCAAGGACAAGGUCGACUGGCUCAUCGAUGGCCAGAUCGUCCGCACUCUCAAGUACGCCGACGCUGUUGGCGGGAAGAACUUCCCCCAAACUCCUAUGCGUCUGAAGCUCGGCAACUGGAUUGCUGGAGACCCGGACACCAACGCCAAGGGUACUAUCGAGUGGGCCGGCGGCGAGACAGACUUCUCCAAGGUCCCAUUCACCAUGUACGUCAAGACCGUCAGUGUCACCAACUACAACCCAGCCAAGGAGUACCAGUGGUCCGAUAGAAGCGGCAGCUACGAGAGUAUCAAGCUGGUCGACGGCUCUUCUUCGUCCUCCUCUUCCGGUUCCUCUGGAUCAUCCUCAGCCUCUGGCAGCAGCGGCUCAGCUUCCAAGAGCGCUUCUCAGACCGUCAGCCUCAAGUCUACCGCUGUCAUCUCGAACAGUCUCAACACCAUUGCGCCUACCUCGUCCAUCAGCGUUAGAAAAGCUCAGGCCCAGGGCAGCGCCGCUGUUGUUCUCACUUCCAACUCGACUUCGACUGCUUCCACCCUGAAGUCCGUCAUCAGCAGUAUCAGUGCCAGUGCCACAUCUGCAUCCGCUUCCAAGAGCUCAUCCCACAGCUCUUCCGCCUCUUCAUCUUCUUCGGCCACCUCGAGCCAACCCGCCCAGCAGUCGACUGGUGCUGGUGUUUCCAACACUGCUGCUACCGGUCUUCUCUCGGUUGUUGGAGCAGCCAUGGCCUACCUCAUCCUCUAAGAUGAUGAGGCUCUUUUUUGAUUACCAUAUUGCAUAGCGACGGACACUGUUGUCAUCUUCUUUUCUGGCAGGUCCAGGUAUACCCACUUCUACUAA